UGUCUGCGGUGCCGUGUUCACUUCCGGGUUUACGGUACUUUCCGUGCGGGGAUUCCCCUGAUGACCAGCCAGCAACUUGUGACUGUGAGGGUCAGUAAAGCUGGACGUGCUGGACACAGCCUGCAGGUGGUUACACGUCUCAGUGAUUGUAAAGGUGAACAUCAACAAUGCAGGAAGCGCACAGAGAGAUUCUCAGGAAGAACAGACUUUCCUGUGCGGGAACUGGAACCUAAACUGGUGUAUGACUAUAUGGUGGAACAUGGCAUCUAUAAUGACGUCAUGCUGGAGGAUAUACGGGCAGAGAAAACCAGGUUUGACCAGUGUACCAAACUCCUGACCAGUCUGACCAGAAGGGGACGAGAUGCCUUCAGAGUUUUCUGUGAGGCACUUGAUGACUCAGGGCAGUAUGACAUCGCAGAUCGUCUGCUCAGUAGGAGUCAGGAAGAACGAGCAGUGAUAGAAGCAAGAAGGCGAGAAGAGAAUGAGAGAAGACAAAUGGCUCAACAAGAGUACACUGCGACAGUCUCUCCACAGAGAGGAACUACAUCCAGAACAAGUCAGGUUCAGGACUGGCCCACAGCUGAGGAGGGCAUCUAUGAUGUAAAGAGACUACUGAAGAGAUGUACAUCAUCGCCUCCCUACGACCCCAGGAAAUACAGCAUGACAAGGAAUCCCAGGGGUCAUGCAUUCAUCCUCAACAACAAGUACUUCACAGGCCUGCCUCUCAGAGAUGGCACAAACAAGGAUGCCCAGAAUCUACAAAAUCUCUUUCAAGAGUUAUUUUUCAUCACAGAGACACACAAGAACUUAAAGACUGCUGACAUUCAUGAAAAGUUGAAGGAUUUUGCUGAGAAGGAUCAUGAGAACUAUGAGUGCUGUGUGGUGGUUCUGCUGAGUCAUGGUGGACAGGGCGGGAUCUUUGGUACGGACAGUGGUGUCAUCCACUUCACGGAAAUCCUACAGAAGUUUGAUGGACAGAACUGCCCGGGUCUUAUUGGGAAGCCUAAACUCUUCUUUGUUCAAGCCUGUCGAGGAGGAGACAAAGACACGGGCACGUCACCUGACAGUGAUACCCCUGGCUCCACACACCAGUCCAUGCCUGAUGCCACUGUAGCUGCACCACAGCAAGUCUUUGCUCCGAAUGUGCCAAAUAUUGCAGACACCUUUCUAGCAUAUGCAACAGUUCCUGGGUUUGUGUCCUGGAGGAACUCGGAGAGAGGCAGCUGGUUUGUCUGUGCCUUAGUUGAAGUAUUCCUGAUGUACGCAGCCACGAAGGACAUCAACCAGCUGAUGACAGACGUUAACCAUGAAGUGAGUCAGAGAACAGGAGCCUCCACGUCAUACCGGCAGAUGCCAGCACCUGUCAAUAUGUUGACUAAGAAUCUGUACUUCAACCCUGGCAUCGGCCUGUCCUCAUCUGACACAACAGAGGGACCCUGCGUCAGACAGGAGUCAUCCGCAACACAUCAUACAAGCAUUAAAAACACUAGGAUUUCACAGCCUACAGACAACUAGAGUUUGGCGACCUCCUGAUGGUAACAUUUAAAAAUGACCUGCACCUGACAAAUUUUACCUGCACAACUCUGAAUUUAGGAAGUAUGGAUCAUACUAAAAUUGUUCAGGAACCAUUGCUAUUUUUUCUGUUAUACUUUAUAGGUAGUAACAUUCAAGUAACAGAUAAUAAUACAGGUACACCUACAUCAUAUGACAUUUAUGUAUAAAACCCAGUACAUGGACCAGUGCAGGUUAGGUGCAGAUAGACACCAGAAAUAACGUUACCUGCAACAGCUCCAAUUUUACCUGCACUAACCUGCAUAUGCAGGUGGUAUUUUGAGCCCUGCUUACUCAUACUCAUACUCUUAACUUUGCAUAAUUCAUUAACGGUGAUGUUAACCUUCAACUAAGAUAUGUCACAAGUAUUAAGUUCCCAUCAUCACGUUUGUAUCAAUUAUGAAAAAAAAGUUUGUCGACAUUUGCAUGUUUCGUAUCUGUUUCGUAUGUCCCAAACAUUGUCAUGAAUUACGUGUUACAUUUGGACAGUUAAAAAUUAAAAAACAAUGGAAAUUUUCUCAUUGAUUAUGCAAAUUCUGUCCUCAUUUGCAUAGUAUGCAUACCAUUGUUUAUCUCUUUGCCAAAAAAGAUGGAAAUUCAUUACUCGUACUCAUUUCUUCAGUUAUCUUAUUUGGAAUUUUUUUCACUAAAAUGGGCCUGCAGUUCAAAAUCUGAUGUUAGUGAGCUAAAAGACCACCAGGUCUUGACAUUAAAAGCUACAUGUACCUGCCACUCAUGUAUCAAGACCAUAUGAUGUCCUGGACAACAGGUCCAUUGACAAAACUACUGUAAUAGAAUAUUCUCAUUAAUUAUGCAAAUUUAUUCCUCUCUUGAAUUAUCCAGUUAUUAAUUUACAAAAUUGAUAUGUCCCUGCUAUUACCAAACUACCUGCUAGGGGCCCAAACUUCAGUCACUUCUUCACGAUACAAGCUGUGAUCUAACACCCGAAAAUCAUGACCAUAGCUAGUUCAGAACAUGAGAGAAUUCAGACCCAAAAUCUAAUCAUUUCCAUUUUGUUGUCACACCAUAUAUAGUACCAACACACCAAGUAUGAAACCAAUCCAUCCAGCAGUCCUUGAGAAUGUUGUUGACAAACAGACACAUGCUAGUGAAAAUAUAACCUCCAUGGCAUACUUCAUGGAGGUAAUUUAAAGGGAAUACUGGUCAGGAACAACAUUUCAGCAAUAUCACUGCAGUUGUACAUAAUAUAGAAGUGUGGAUUUUGUAUGUCUUUGUUAAAAAUGCUUCUUAUAUUUUUGGUGAAGAAAGCGCAGCACAAUUUUCAGGGUGUUACUAUCUGUUGCACUUUGUAUAAUAAUUUUUGGAAUCAAUAUAUGGUGUAUGAUAUUUUGUAUGACAACAUGCUCAACAUGCUCAGCUUUUGGUAAACAAAUUGUAGAUAGCUGAACGUAAUUAUUAGAAAAUUAUCAUUUUUUAAUUAGAUAAAAACAAUUAUCUUCUAAAAUUUGAAGAAACAUAGUUUCAUUUCAGUGGUGUAUUUUGUCAUUGGAAAAAAUAAUGUUAGGGGCAAUAAAACCUGAUGACGUCAUCAAUAUGGCCCCAAAAAAUCAGAUUUAAAAUUCUGUCAUGCCCAUCUAUAAAUAUUUGCCAAUUUAGCCAACCUGAAUACCUUAAGUGGUUAUCCUCUGGAUUUUUUUCCAACCUUUAUUAACAUUCUGAAUUUCACAUAACAGUACAUGUAUAACAUUACAGACAUUAUAAUUCAUUCAUUGGCCUCCGUCCGUCUAAAGAGACGAUGGGUUUUGGCAUUAUGAUACAUACAUGAUAAUACAUAAAAAAGCUAUAAUUGUGAUCAAGUUGUGUUCAUGAGCUUACAAAAAUUGUUGUCUAUAGUGUUAUUACCUUUAAGCCAAGAAAGUUAUAUUUUCGAUUAUGGCAAGGUGUUGUGUCUCUAUAAUUAGGUCAACAGCAUACAUUUGAAAAUAAAAUAACUCGAAAAGCUGA